AUAUCACUAAAAUCGAGAUUACCACUAUUUAUUUAUUUCCGAAAGGAAAAAGUUCCGCUGGCACUGCAGAGCCCCUGUAAACCCCCACCUUCACACUCUGCUGCCGUAGACUACCACCGGCUUCAGCAUCAUCCGCUGCCGUUCUUUCUCGGGUUUGGUUGUCGCUCUUAGGUGCUUCAAGAAAAACAGAAUGGCAGAAAAAGGUGGAAAAGGUAAUUUACCAGCUACAGGUGGAAAAUCUGCUCUAAAAUCACCAGUUGGGAAUGGUGACAGCUUAGCAAAGUCAAAGAAAGGGAAAAAAGUUCAGUUUGAUUCCGAAGAUUCUUUUGAGAACAAUAUUCCCAAAUCUAAUGGGAAGGUUGAUACAACAGCUGCAAAAGGCGGAAAAGGAGAUAAAACUGCGAAUGGCACUAAAAAAUCCACUGCAAAAGCGCCUUCCCCAACGGAGCGAAGACUUGAGCAAGAGCUUCCUCCAAAUUCUAUGUGUUUGAUGGACUGUGAAGCCGCAGAAAUCUUGCAAGGCAUCCAAGAUCAGAUGGUUAUAUUAUCUCAAGAUCCAGAUAUAAAACUUCCAGUGUCAUUUGAUAUGGGACUGACGUAUGCGAAGAGAGGUGGGAACUAUGCCAAGCCUCAGACUGUGAAGAAAAUACUUGAGCCUCUGAAGAAGCAUGGUGUUUCUGAAUCUGAGAUUUGCCUAAUUGCCAACAUUUGCCCGGAGUCGGUUGAAGAAGUUUUUGCCCUUGUCCCAGCCCUGAAGCCCAAGAUGAACAAACUAAGAGAUCCCCUAAGGAUUGCUCUGAAUGAACUAGCAAACCUCAAAGAGGCAUUGGCCAACCUGAAAGGUUCGACAUAGACUCUCUGGAUAAGGAUGAUGGUAUGCUGGAUUUGGGGCGUGUGAAGCUCCAAUUUUGUGAAGUAACAGAGACCAACUUUGCUAACAGCCAGCUUUUCCCAUGAUGUAUAGCAUUAUGAUGAUGAACUUGGCAACUGUAAUUACUGGCUACUUAGACGGCAGUAGACUUUGUGCAUCUGUUUUGUACCCUGGACCUCUAUUCUCCAACUUCUCAUUCUGCAUUUUAGGUCGUCAAAGGCUAAAUCUUCUGCCUCUAGGAGUGUUGUUCAUAUAUUGUCACUAAUUUUCAGGCAAUAUUUUCCAAUCAUAGGAAACAUCUGCAGUUAAAGAGCACGUUCUGAUGUCUGAGUUUA